AUGGCAUCAACAACUUCCAUUCUCAAGCUCUUCUCAAUUCUAUUUGCAUCAACUGCCAUAUCCCAGAUUGCAUUGGCUGGAGACCCAGACAUUGUCUCCGACUUUUCAGUGCCAUUGAAUGUAACAAAUAUUGAUGGAAACUUCUUCACAUUCACUGGCUUCCGUGCAUUGAUUGGUGCACCGGAACCAACGACAUUCAAAGUGACAAAGGCAAGCGCAGCUGAAUUCCCAGUGCUGCUCGGACAGAGCGUGUCCUAUGCUGUCCUGCAGUAUCCAGGAGGCACCACCAAUCCACCUCACACCCACCCUCGCUCUGCGGAGCUUCUCUUCCUUGUUUAUGGAACUCUUGAAGUUGGUUUUGUGGACACAACCAAUAAGCUUUUUACUCAGACAUUGCAGGCUGGAGACUUAUUUGUUUUCCCCAAGGGACUUGUGCAUUAUCAGUAUAAUUGCGAUGAGACGAAACUGGCUUUGGCACUUUCGGCUUUUGGUAGCGCAAAUGCCGGCACUGUUUCUCUACCUAACACGCUUUUUGUCACAGGCAUUGAUGACACCAUCUUGGCCAAGUCCUUCAAAACUGAUGUUACCACCAUCCAGGCUCUCAAGACUGGUCUUGCACCCAAACCCUGA